AUGUUUGUUUGUCAUUCAGAAAAGUUGAAGAUUAAAUUGUGAACAGGAAAAUUUGUAGAAAAAUUAUGAACGAAGGAGUUAUCUCCAGCUACGAGCAUUUAAUUGGUGGUUCUGGUUUGCCGUCUGACCUAGCUAUAGAAAUGGCAGCGGCCACUUCGAUUCACGCACCUAUCGGAACGGAUUACCAUAAAGAGAUAAUACCGCAGCCAACACAACAGCAACAUUCACGUUCUUUUCACCAUCCGUCGACAUAUAAUAAUUUAAUUGGUGCUGUGUGUGACGGUACUACGCAAAAUAUAGUUCCCGCACAAAUGAGUUUUACUUGUAAUAAUAAUAAUAACAGUGCAACAUAUAUUGGUAAUGGCGCGAGUAAUACUGCCUUUACACAAAUACCAUUCGUUCAAAUCCACACGACGGAUGUGCAGCCACAGAGUGCAUUUAAUAGUACAAGAUUUAGAAGAAAUCUCACUAGUAAUAAUCAAGAAGAAAUAAAAGCUGAACCAAUAAAGUCGGAAAAUUCUGAAAGUGCCAAAGAACGAAUAAAUGGAACUCCCACACCACCAGUACCUGUGCAGCAGAGAAGUGAAAGCCAAGCUUCUAAAAAUUUUACUCAAAACGAAAAAGUAGUUUAUUCGGAUUUAGAAACUACCCGUGGACCUUCGGAUGAAGUCAAUGAAAAAACCACAAAAACAUGCACAAAAAGGGGAACAUCGUUUACUUUUCCAGAUAUUUUUAAAUGUCAGCAUUGUGCUUUUGUAAGUUUGACCGAAAGAAGUUUGCAACUCCACCUCAAUUCCAACUUUCAAGGAACCUCCACAAUAUGUGAAAAUGCCAUUAGUCGAACGAAGCUACCAUGUCCAGGUUGUGACAAUGUUUUCUACGCUUACUCGGUUGUAGAGACUCAUUUACGAGAAGACCAUUUAAUGUCCGAAGAAGAUAUAUCAGAACUAAUGCAGACUAUUAAAAGGAAUAACCAACCUUCUGAGCAAUCGAACACAGUUAGCAACGUAAAAACUUCUGAUAUAGAGGUUUCCAAUGACGCUUCAAUUAAGGGAACGCAGCGCAGAAGUCGGAUAUAUUUGAAGAAUGUUGAAUGUUUGCGGGAACCGAAUAGAGAUCCGAUUGAGCAACAAGAUAAUCUAAUCAAUGAUAGCCUUUUUCAUUUUGAAAAUGAUGAAUGCAAUGCACUAGAAAACAUUGGUAGCAUUAGCAUGGAGGAGCAGGAUCUUAUAGGCAUGCUAACUAACGGCGAACCGUUAUUUCACAAUAAAAGCGACAACAAUAUUGAUAAUAUCGUUAAUGAAACUAUUGCGGCAACUGUAGAAACAAAUAAGACAGUAAAUCCACCAAAACAAAAAAUUUCCAUUAAGAGUGUUGAUGUACUACGUGAACCAGCUUUAGCGCGUCGCGAUUAUGAGUUGCAAUCAUUCGGAGAUUUCAUUAGCGUUUGCAAUGAUUUAAAUUUGCAUGUACCAAACAACAGCAACAACAACAACAACGAAAGUAACUGUGAUAACAGUCACAGUAGAAUAAAUGACACGGAUGGGCAAUACAGUUAUUCCGUGCCCCCGAAUAGAGAACCACUCGUUGGUAACAAUGGCGUUGCUAGCAUAGCUGAAUUCACAAAUGAAUUAGAAAAACCAAGAAGACCUAAAAUUUACAUAAAAAACGUUGAUAUACUUAAAGAACCAAUGACAUUUUCGAACAAUGUCAAUGCUCCAUCUAUAACAGACUCCACUAACAACGUAAUGAAUUUCAAUUUUAUGCAACCAACAAUACCACAAACGGUGAAUUCCUACCUAGAUACCGUUGAUAGCCUGAACGCAACAGUGCCGCCUUUUAAUGGUGGCAUGUCACAGCUUCCGCUUGGCACCAUAUCAGAUCAAUAUCUCUUCGAUAGUGGAGGUGGGAACUUUUUAGUAAACAAUACCACCACCGUCUCAGAUAACUACACGUAUGGUAAUGAGCAAACUGCAGAAAAUUUCCUAAUGGAUUCUAAUCGGUUUGCGGAUGCGAUAACACCAAUGACAACUGAACCUACACCGUCACCUCCUACCAUGAGUACAACAGUAAGUCACAAUAACAACUGUAUGACAGACGCUCAACUAACACAAAAUGCUACUGCCAUUACAAAUGUGCAAAAGCAGAAAAUUUUUAUAAAAAAUGUAGACAUUCUGAAAGAACCGCAAUUCCAAGAGCCACGUGGCCUACUACAUUUGCGUACCGUCGACGAAUUGAACUUAAUGAACCGAAAAGACGUUGAAAACUUAAUAGCACCGAAUUUGGAGGGGAAUCAAGCAAAUCUGGUUGAAGAGGAACUGAGUGAUAACUUUGCGCGAUCGAACAAUGCAAAUGGAGAGUCGUUGUCGGCCAUUGAUAAUUGCAAUGCCAGUAAUCUAAUUGAAGCGAUAUCGUAUGGUUGUGAAGGAUUUAAAUUGAAUGAGUUUUCAACACAGAACGGUUGGCACGAUGACUAUGAUUUGGGUGACGAUAUUAGAGAAAUCAUAACGAGUACGAUGGCGCCAACUUUACCCUCAGCUCAAAAGACAAUACACGAUUUGGAUACACCACAAAUAUCGCUGAUAUCGAUACCAGAUAUGGAAGAGCUCACCGGUACUAGUGCUGAACUCAAUGUCAGUUCAGAGUCUGUAACAAACGUUGACCAUACAAUGACUUCGACUGUAACACAACAACAAACAAGUACAAAUUUCACUUUUGAAUGUGAAAUCCCCUCCACUGAAAAUAUUAGUCUUGAAGAACCGGUUUGUAGCUCUGAAAAUUUAGUCAAUACCACUGCGAUCGGUAAUGAGGUAAUGCCAGAACCUCAAACAGAACCUGAGUCGAUUGAUACAGCUCUAUUAGAAAGCACAGAACUACUAAAACAGGAGCGCUUAAAUCAAGCCACUCCUGGAGAACACACCGAUCCGGCGCCUACACAAAAAAAUAAGGCAAACAACUUUGAUGACAUUCCACCGCUCACACCAAUGACUUCAGCUACAUAUGCUGUGAGUACGAACUUAAAUACCUCAACAACUAUUGUUGCUCCGACUGGUUUACCGGUGCCGCCACUUGUACCUAUGUUACCACCAAAAGCUAUUGCACUUACUAAUGUUAACACGCCUGCGAAUUCAACGGAACGUGGUCGCAUUUAUGUAGCGAAUAACCUAAUGCAAGCACCUAACGCAGCGUCAAUGGCGCAAACACCAAAGGCACAAGCACCAACCAAAUCUCAUAGUACGAAAAACUUAGACAAACAGCAGACCAAAACACCAAUUGCUGUCUCAGUAACGGGCGGCACUUCGGUACGUGGUCGUCCGUUUGGUUCGAAUCGUACUGGCGUAACGAAACUUCGCAAGCAACCACUUAAUGAAAACGGGGCUGGCGUAUACCUGAAGUGCACCGUAACAGGUUGUGCCUUUCGAUUUAAAAAGUCUAGCACGUUAGACUACCAUAUAAAGUGCCAUAGCAGUGAAUCUCCUCCACAGUCCAUGGCAUGUCCUGAAUGCAAAGCACCGUUCACCAAUUGGAAUUCGUUGCAUACACACCUCUGGCGUACGCACAAAAUCGACAUGGAGCUAUAUAGCUGUGAACUGUGCAGCUUCAAAACACCCAUUUACUCACGCUUACUAAACACACAUUCCAAAAUUCAUUAUGACGAACGCAACUAUAAGUGUGACCAGUGCGAGAAAGCUUUCAAGAAUACAAAGCAAUUGAAAAAUCAUCGUCGUUGGCACCGCAACCAUAACAAAACUACAACAUCUCCAUCAGCGAAGCGGGAAGUUUCAAAAAAGGCAGAUGCAUCAGCUUCCGAAAGCAAUGGUCCAACUCUGUUACCGCCAACAACAACUAGCGCAAGCACAUCUGAUGCCACUCAAGUACCUGUAACCGCAGCGCGUCAUUUUUAUAGAUGCAAGGACUGCGAAGCUGUUUUUUCACAUCAGAAAACAUUACGAGAACAUCUGUGCAAGAAUGCCGCCGCAGCGAUACAGUGCGAGGUGUGCGAUCGGGUGCUGACGUCACGCUCCUCUAUCAAGCUGCACAUGCAAACGCACGAGUCAUCGCGGCGUUUUAAAUGUAACGUCUGCGACUAUUCUGGCAGCGAUCACAACGCCUUUCGACGCCACAAAAUGACACACGACAAUAAUGCGAAGAUGUAUGCUUGUGCGCACUGUGAUUACAAGUCAAUACAGAGCGUAGCCUACCAGAAACAUGUUCAACAAAAACAUCCUCAAGUGGCCGAUUCCAUCGUUUACAAGUGCAAAAUGUGCACAUAUGCCACCAUAAAUAAGGGUUUAUUCGAUUUGCAUCAAGUGAAACAUGAAAAAAAGAAUGGCAACAUUGAAGCAACCGCUGCACUUCCUGGUGAAAAUGCAGGUUGCGCGGAAAAGACAACAACUGUAAAAACGAAGAUAAAAGUAAAGAGCCACUUAUUACUGACCACUUCGACAGAUUCAAUAAUGGAAUCUAAUGAGCUAUGCUUCGAUGCAGUAACUAUGACGUCAUAGUCGUAACUUCAUGUGGUAACGUAGAAAAGUUGCCAUAAAAAAAUUAAAUUUCUAACUUUGUAUUUACUUUUAUUUGAAAAAUUGAUGAAUUACUGUAAAUUCACUAUGUAUAGUAUGUUUGUAAUUAUGUAAAUUGUUUAGGUUAAUUAGUUUUAGGCUCAACAGCAAUGCUAAGUGCAAACUUAGUUUUCAGAAUACGCGCAUACUUUCUAGAAAAUAUUUAAUGUGGUCUCAAAGACCAUAACAACAAUAUUUAAUGGUACAGUAAAAAUCAGCAUAAAAUACUACAACUGAAUAAAAUAGUUUGAAUGAUUUGAAUUUAUGUUAGCAUUGCUUUUGAGUACAUUUAUACUAGCCCUGUGGCAUUUUUUCAUUUUUGUAUAUUGUUAUGUGUUUUUUAAGAAUCAAUGUAGUUAAGAGAGUGUAUGUUUUUUGUAGAUUUUAACGUGUAUACACUGCGUACUGUGUAAUAUUUUAUUUGAUAUACUUAUACAAUAUAUGAGAACAGUAUGAUAUACAACAUAUGUAUGUUA